AUGGGCCCCAGAGCGGGGGUCAUGCUCCACCCUGUGUGGGGACUGCUGGGCUGCUGUUUCCUCUGCAGCUGGGCUCUGGGGUGUCCGCGGCCCCUCCGCUCUGGGCCACCUCUGUCCUCCCAUUUCCAACCGGGGUCUGGGCCCCUGUGGGUGCCCCGAGAGGGAGCCGAGGCAGCCCUGGCUUUUCUCUACUCUGGAGACACCCGACAGCUGUCGGGGGCUAAUUGCAGUGAACGCUACGAAGCCCAGGGUGCAGAAGCCAGCCCAGGGCUCCCCCCAGUCCUAUGGAGGGCAGCGGGCACCCUUGCCCAGGCCGCUAAUUUCCUCAACAUGCUGCUGCAGGCCAACGACAUCCGCGAGUCCAGUGUGGAGGAAGAUGUAGAGUGGUACCAGGCACUGGUCCGCAGCGUGGCCGAGGGGGACCCAAGGGCGUACCGGGCUUUUCUGACCUUUGACCCUCCGCCAGGGGCCAGCCACCUGCCUCUGGCCCUACAGGCCACACGGAUGGGGGAGGAGACCCUCCUUCAGGACUUGUCUGGGAGCAGAGUUCAGGAGGAGAGCCCAACCAGGGCCCCGGACACCUCUGCCCUACAGAAGCGAGUGCUGACCAAUGACCUCGGGAGCCUCGGCAGCCCCAAGUGGCCACAGGGGGAUGGCUAUGUGGGGGACAUGAGGCAUGUGAAGCUCUCUCCUCCCUUCCUGGAGUGCCAGGAGGGCCGGCUCCGUCCUGGCUGGCUUGUCACACUUUCUGCCACCUUCUAUGGUCUCCAGCCAGACCUCAGCCCAGAGGUCAGGGGACAGGUGCAGAUGGACAUAGACCUUCAGAGCGUGGACAUCAAUCAGUGUGCCAGUGGGCCAGGCUGGUACUCCAACACACACCUGUGUGAUCUCAACAGCACCCAGUGUGUCCCCUUGGACAGUCAGGGCUUUGUCCUCGGCCACUACCUCUGCCGCUGCCGACCUGGCUUCUACGGGGCAAGCCGCUCCGGGGGGUUGGGAGAGAGUGCUGCCCAGCCUGCUGGGCAAUUCGGGGCCCCACAUGGCAGCUCCGGGAGGCUGCUGCAGUGCCAGCCGUGUGCCGAGGGCUGCACCAGCUGCAGGGAUGCUAGUCCGUGCCUGGUGGAGGAAGCCUCGGCACUGCGGGCAGCCGUGCUGGCCUGCCAGGCCUGCUGCAUGCUGGCCGUCUUCCUGAGCAUGCUGCUCUCCUACAGAUGCCGCCGGAGCAAGAGGAUCCGAACCUCUGGAGUUGUCCUGCUGGAAGCCAUCCUUUUUGGAUCCCUUCUGCUCUACUUCCCUGUCUUCAUUCUGUACUUCAAGCCCAGUGUAUUCCGCUGUAUCGCUCUCCGCUGGGUCCGAUUGCUGGGUUUUGCCACUGUCUACGGCACCAUUAUACUCAAGCUUUAUAGAGUUCUCCAGCUGUUUCUGUCUCGCUCGGCCCAGCGGGGCCCCCACCUCAGCAAUGGGCGGCUGCUGCAGCGGCUGGGGCUGCUCCUGCUGCUCGUUCUGGCCUUCCUGGUGGUGUGGACGGUGGGGGCCCUGGAAAGAGGCAGCCAUGCACCCCUGGUGGCCCGUGGCCACACUCCUGCGGGCCGCCACUUCUACCUCUGCCAUCACGACCGCUGGGACUACAUCAUGGUUGUGGCUGAGGUGCUGCUCCUAUGCUGGGGCAGCUUCUUGUGCUACGCCACCCGAGCCGUUCCCUCCGCCUUCCAUGAGCCACGCUACAUGAGCAUCGCCCUGCACAAUGAGCUGCUUCUCUCCUCUGCCUUCCACACGGCCAGGUUUCUGCUGGUUCCCUCCCUGCACCCAGACUGGACCCUGCUCCUCUUCUUCUUCCACACCCACAGCACCGUCACCACCACACUGGCUCUGAUCUUCAUUCCUAAGUUCCAGAAGCCGGGGGCUCCUCCCCGAGAAGAGAUGGUGGAUGAGGUGUAUGAGGACGAGCUGGACCUGCAGUGCUCAGGCUCCUACCUGGACAGCAGCAACGCCUCAGCCUGGAGCGACCGCAGCCUGGACGCCGGAGACAUCCGGGAUGAGCUGAAGAAGCUCUAUGCCCAGCUCGAGGUCCACAAGACCAAGGAAAUGGCUGCAAACAACCCGCACCUGCCCAAGAAGCGAGGCAGCUCGCGCCAGGGCCUGGGCCGCUCCUUCAUGAGGUACCUGGCCGAGUUCCCGGAGGCCCUGGCCCGCCAGCACUCCCGGGACUUGGGCUCCCCUGGCCUGGGCAGCCUGCCUGGCUCCUCGCGCCGCCGGCUCCUCAGCUCCAGCCUCCAGAACCCCGAGGGGACCCCGGCCCUGUGCAAGUCCCGCAGCACCUAUGACCACGAGCGCCAGGGUCACCGCCGGGAGCAGGACCCACCGCUCCUUGACUCGCUGCUACGCAGGAAGCUGGCCAAGAAGGCCUCGAGGGAAAGCAGGGAGAGUCGGGAGUCGGUGGAGGGGCCCCCUGCCCUGGGCUUCAGGUCCGCCAGCGCCCACAACCUGACGGUGUGCGAGAGGCUCCCCAGGGCCAGGCCCACGUCCCUGCAGAAGUCUCUCAGCGUGGUGGCGGGCUCCAGGGAAAAGGCCCUGCUCAAGGCCAGCCAGGCCUACCUGGAGGAGACCUAUCGGCAGGCCAAGGAGCGGGAGGAGAGGAAGAAGGCCGAGGCAGCAUUGGCGAGCCCAGUGAGGAGGCCGUCGGCCAGGAGGCUGGAGCGAGCUCGAGGGGCCCCCCUGUCAGCCCCACCAUCCCCGGCCAAGAGCCGCAGUGUGGACGGCUCCCACACGGCCGCCGCUGCCACAGGGAGGCUUCAGGAGGAGGCUGCCAGGAGGCUGCCUCACCCGCCCGUCCGGCACCAGGUCUCCACACCCAUCAUGACCCUGUCUGGAGCGGGCCUGGGAGAGCCAAGGAUGCUGUCUCCCACCUCCACCCUGGCUCCAGUUCUGAUGCCAGCUCCCGCCCCGGCCCCGGCCCCAGCCCCAGCCCCGGUCCCGGCCCCCCCCCAAAGCCCCAACUUACUCCCUUUCAUCUGCCCCUGGGAGAAUGCAGAACUGCCAGUCAAGAAAGGAAAUGUGGCUCAAGAAAGCCCCACAGGGCCAGAGCGGAGCAGCCUCUCCCCUUCCCCAGCUCGGGCCAAGCUCUGGAGAGCCCUCUCUGUUGCAGUUGAGAAAAGGAGCACAGGGGAGAAUGCGGGGAACACAGAGGAUGGACGCCUCCAAGGGGGAGCUGAUGAGGGCAAUGAGGACAAGUCUAAGGUCUUCUCUAAAUCCCACAGCCUCAAGACCCCCAUUCAGCAGGUUUCCGUGCACAGUCUAGGCCUGGCUAUCAAAGCUUUGACUCGUUCCCGGAGCACUCACAAAGAGAAGGAGAGCGGGGAAGGGAGUCCUGAGACAGAGGAGAAAGGCAGAGCUGCAGUGGAGGGCGAGGGUGUGGGGCCAUGCCCCAGGUCCCCCAGGCUAAGCCGGCCCAAGGCUGUGAGUAAGCAGGCCGCCCUUGCACCCUGUGAUGACGAGGAGUCCCUCCAGAACCAACAGAACGCUCACACCAGCAGAAUGCUUCAAGUCUGUCGCCGGGAGGGCAGCAGGGAACAAGAAGACAGAGGCAGGAGGACAUCCCACUGUCUAGGAGAGGGGAAAGGAGAGAGAGCAGGUAAAGCAGGGUCUGCUACACUGAGGCAAGCCAGUCAAGGCAUAGUUGGGGACAAAAGUGCUGAGGGAGCAAAAGAAGCCCCUUUUGUGUGGCGGGAACUGCCCAAAGCUGGCCUCCAGUCCCUGGGCGGAGCUGACCGCAGGAUGGCAGAGAUGUGCCCCAGGGAAGUCACCCAGUCAGAAGUGUGUCAGCCUGACCGUGGCUACAAGGCCCAGAUCUGCCCCUGGGAGGCGAGCGAAGGAGCCCCUGAGAAGGGGGCAUUACGACAAGAUCUCGAUGACUCCCAAGAGAGAGGGAGAGCCUCAGAAAAGUCAGAGCCCCAAAGUGUGGUGGUUUUUGCUCGGAAAAAGCCAGAGAGGCUGGUCAGGGGGCAGGAGGCCGUGUGUCCCUGGGAGGGCGCCGAUCCUGGGAGUCUGUCCUGCUGGUCAGUCUCUCAGGACUCUGACAGAACCAAGGGCAUGUCUGAGGCAGUGGGCAGGAAAGAGGCUGGAGAGGUGAAGAAGCAUCAGCAGGAGGGCACAGGCCCAGAAGUUUGUACAGCUGACACUGCCAAGGCAGAGCUCUGUCCCUGGGAGGCAUGUGAGGGAGGGAAUGGGAAACCAUUCCAGGAGGGCAUGAAGAAGCUUCCCCAGGAAAAGCAGGAAACCUCCAAGAAAGCAACCUUCUGGAAAGAACAGAAACUGAGUGGGAACUUGGAGUCUUUUUGUCCGUGGGAGAGGACAGAUUUCCGGGGCCCCUCAGCAGUCUCCACUCCGGCUCCAGGAGCCCCUGGAUGCUCCGGGAGUGUGGACAGUAGCAUCUCAGAAGUGUGUCCGUGGGAGGCAGGAGAUGCUCCUACCAGGAAAGCAGAGAUCUGUCCCUGGGAGCUAGGUGAUGAGGUAGUGGGGAAGGAAAUGCUGAGUCAGGGGACAGGGGGAAAUUUUCUCCAGGAAGAGGGGAAAGCCUCCAGACAGGUUUUUCCUGGAAAGCCUGGAGAGAUGGGAGAGAUGGGAGAACAGGCUGGGAAGGCAGUGCAGAAAAGGGAUCAACAGCAGGAGUCAGUGUGUCCCCAGGAGACCUCAAACCCUGGGCCCUCCCGCCCAUGUCUAGAUAAUUCCUCAACCAAAGCUGGUGGCCAAUUCCUUAGCAAGGGAGGAAGCAGAGCAACACAGGUAGGUCCCCGGGAAGAUCCCAGGCCACAGCCAAAGGAAGUAACACCUGCCAGGGCAGAACUCUGUCCCUGGGAGGUAGAUGAAAGAAUAAGGGACGACUGGACAUUGGACCAGACAGCAAAAGCAAGAGAAUCUCAAAAGGACAAGGAGAAAGUGCCUGGGAUGUCAGGGAUCAAAGAUGGCACAGCUGGGGAAGAGCCUGAGGGACAGAUCCAAAAGCAGGAAGCAGUCUGUCCUUGGGAGAAUGUGGACCCUGGCAGCUUCUCCCCACAAUCAGGCCCUCAAAAAGCAGAUGGACCCAGAGCCAGUUUCCACAUGUCAGGCAGUGUGGGAAGCAAAGCUGCAGAGAUCUGUCCAUGGGAUAUGGAGGACACUGUGUCUGCUGAGAAGGCUGAGGUCUGUCCCUGGGAGGUGGGUGCUGGAGCAGGGCAGGAAAGGGCUUUGGGAAUUGAGGCCUUUGGGAAAUUUCCAAAUGACACAGGAAAGGUUUCUGCACAUCCUGGACCCAGCAAGACAGCUGUUACUGCUCCAGAGAAGCCAGAGAGGCCAGCCUGGGAGCGGGAGGUGGCCUGUCCCUGGGAAAGCUUGGAUCCAGGCGGCUCCUCUUGGCAUUCGGACUCUCUGGGCACAGAGAGACCAAAAGUUGGAUUCCAGGAACUGGACCACGUGGGCUGCCGGGCAGCUGAGGUGUGUCCCUGGGAAGUGGAGGAGGCCCCUGCCAGUGAGAAAGCCAAGAUCUGUCCGUGGGAGGCGAAUGAAGGAGCUUCUGGGACAGGACUGGACCAAGAGAGGAGGAGUGACUUAGCAGGGCAGGGGGAGAAAACUCUAGAAAAGGAGAGACUCACCUCCCUGGGAGAAGACAUACCAAAAUGGGAGACAAAACAGAGUCAAGAGCAGGAAGCUGUUUGUCCUUGGGAGAAGGGCUUGAGGGAACCCUUGGUGGAGGGCCCUGAGGUCUCAGACUCAUCCGUCAGCAUGAGUCGUGAAGUGGCUGAGGGACAUUCCUUGGAAGUGAGGGAUGAGGCAGCAGAGAAAGAGCACCUGACACACGACCCAAAGACGGGCUCCCUCCCAGGACACAAAACCCCAGAAAGAGCUCCAUCUUCAAAAGUAGGAGAAUUCACUACUGACCAUGGGGGAAAAGCAAGCAAUGAGUUACACUCUGUCUGUCCCUGGGAAAGCAUGGCCCCCGCAGGCGCUGUCUCUCACCCUGACCAUCAGGGCCGUGACCAGCCUACAGCUGGCUCUCAGACACCGGCCAGCGUCGGGGGCAGGCUCACUGAGGUGUGCCUGCGGGAUGCUCCCGCCUUAGAUGCUCCUAAACCUGACAGCAGCACCAAAGCUGCCAUCUGCCCCUGGGAGGUGCCUGAAAGGGCCCCAGACGAAGGGACGGCAAGCCAGGAUGGAAAAGGGCCACCUCAAGAGGAGAAGGGGAGAGCCCCGGGAAGACCAGAGCCCAAAGCUGUGGCGGUUCAGGAGAAGCCAGAGAGGGCAGAUGGGAAACAGGAGGCGGUGUGUCCCUGGGAGAGUCAAGACUGUGGGGAGCUGUCUCCACAGCCAGCCCCGCGAGCUUCUGACAGGCGCAAAGGCAGUUCGGAGGCAGCAGGCAGUGUGGGGGCCAAGGUGGCAGCAGUGGGUCCGUGGGAAGCAGAAGCAGCUCCAUCUGCUAAAGAAGUGGAAAUCUGCCCUUGGGAGGUGAAUAAGGAAGCUGCAGAGAAAGGGGGACUGGGGCAAGAGGUGGACGGAAAGUCCCGAGGGCAGGGAGAAAUGUACCUUCAGAAGUCAGCCUCUGGAGGGACGGAAGAACACAUUUCCAAAGAAGCAGCAAAAGUCAGCCGAGAGCAGGAGACCGUGUGCCCCCAGGAAGGCAGAGGUUCGGGGACGCCCCGCCCCCAGCCAGAUGCUCCCAGCACUGGCCAUCCCACAUGCAGUCCCCAGGGAGCCAGCCGUGCAAGGAGCAGGAUGGCAGAGGUGUGUCAGUGGGAAGUCACAGAUCCAGAAGGGAAUAAGAUAAAGGGCAUCAUGGCAGAUGUCUGUGACUGGGAGGGAACUGGAGUGCCAUCUGAGGAAUCCGGCCUUCUGGCUUCAACAGCAACUCAGAAGGAAGUAUUUUUCCCCACAGACCCUGAGAACCCACCAUGCCUUUUAGUCCACAGUCCUCUGGGUAGCUUCCUUCCAGAAAGCAAAAGCGCCCGCCCUGAGGUGAGUAAGGCAGGCAGUACUUUUACUCCGGAAGGUGUCAGAGAACUCCAAGGAGCCUCAGGACGUGGGCUGAGGACGAGCUCAGCCCCAGAGCCGAGUCUCCAAGAAGCUGAGGUUCAGGAAUCUUCCUCCCUAACUGGAGACCAAGGAGAAGGGGCUUCUACAGCUCCACAGGAAGAACUCUCCCCGCCAAUGGUCUGUCCUUGGGACUGUGAGUAACAAUGCCAUCACGUGAAGUCGAAUAUCGGGCGGCUGGUUUUCAGAGGCCAAGGUCCUUUUCAAGUCCUACGUGUUCCCAAAGAGCCGAGUCAGAGACACUGGGCCACUUCCCUCUCCAACAAGGCCAGAAGUCAACUCAUUCUGAGACAAACUGUACAAGACCGGGUGGCUCAGACCCCAAGAGUCUCACCCCUUCUUCACUUCCUACUCUUGUUCCUGCUCCAGAGAACAAAGGCCAGACCCUCUGCUUCAGGGGAAUCCUCCCAUCCAAAGGACUCAACACGAUUUGUGUCUGGACACCCGCUUCUGCAGCCAGUGUCAGGGGUGAAAGAAGUCAGCAGGCCCAGCCCACGUUUUCUCAUAAGGAGACCCCCUUUCUUGACCAUUUUCUGAGAAGAAAUGAAACCAUGCAAGGCACUGGCAGUACUAGGGACUGAGGAAGGCUGUGAAGGUCACCAUAGGCAGCUUGAGAAGUCACUUAAUUCAAGUUCAAGCAUAAGUCUGGGGAAAAACUUAAAUGGCUCAAGAGGGGUCUGAAAUGCCUUAAGGACCUUGCCAUCUUGACUUUGGCUCUCCCCUUCUGCCGUAUUGAUCCUCAUGCCCACCCUGCUGGCUGCUGAUGGAGAGCUAAUCGGGCAAUCUUAGUUCCUUACCAACAUGUGGCUUCCAAAGCAACACCAGAGAUGGAGCGCACAGGAGGUAAGGCAGUGGCUCCAAGUCCUCCCAGGGGGAGCCCUCCCUUCCAGACACCCUCUCCAUCUGCUUGUGCCCCUUACUAGUUUUUUCAGAUGGUUUCUCCCCACUUCUGCCCCAUGUUUUGCAUCUCGAGUUCACCUCUCUGACUCGUUCUCCUCCCAGGCUUCCAGGGCUGUCAUCAAAGGGAACCUGCUCAGCUGUUGGUAUAACGGGAGCCAGGGGUUUCUGGUUCUGAUGUGAGUACCGCUCCAAAUCACUUGCUCAGUAACAAGAGGCCCGCAUCAGUUGCCUUUCCAAGAAGCAAGAAAGCAAGCAGGCCCUGUUUACGGCCGGCGCCAAGAACUGUCCUCAGAAAGAGUAACCCUACCAGGCAGGUUCGAGGUCUGAAGGUGGGGGAAAGGGCAUCAUAGAAACACAAAGCCUUUUUCUUAGUGAGCUCGGCUCUAUCCUCUCAAGUGAGUUCAGUUCAGGCUACCCUUGCUUAACUGGUCCUAGAGAAGAGUGCUGGAAUGAGAGGAUACUAUCAGAGGGAAGUGAGGAAGGAGAAAAGCACUGGUCAAAGCCCUGGCAUUGGCAGGGGUUAGGUGUGGGGGAGGAAACAGGUAGACUAGACAUGGCAGAGCUUGGCAGGGACCCUGAAGAUGACAGUAAGCCUGCCCUCUAACUGCGUGGACCCUGAUGCCAUUCACAGGGGAGAAGAAGACAAAACAAAGAGACCAAAUACCCAAUGGGGGGAAAAAAUGAGUCUGCAUAUACAUACUCUGGGCAGCUUCAAGACUUUGCCAGAAAAAGUAACAAAAUCCUCCAUUUCCAAAAACAAAGAAUGGAAAAAACCAGUCUUUCAGGGACCAGAUGCCCUUGUUCUCCUAUCUAGCCUCUCCCACUUACCUGGUCCCUUGCCCUGGGAUUUCAGAGCAGUAAUUAAAGCGUGCUGCUGCUCUGGGCUCUGGCUAGUUAACCUCCCCGCUUCUAAGCUGAUGAGAAGUUUGCUAACCACACAUCAGAACAAGUCCAUUGGGUCGGGUCUCGCUGGGAACAGAAAAGUUGUUCCUAUAACCCCUACUGAGAAAUAAA